ACCCCGCCCCGCUUCCCGCCCGGCGCUGAGCCCCCGCCGCAGAGCCCACCCCGGCACCAUGCAUUCCCUGGAGGAGCCCCUGGACCUCAAGCUGAGCAUCUCCAAGCUGCGAGCUGCCCGCGAGAAGCGGGGCCCGUCCGGCCCCCGAGUCCGCGCUGCCCAGCGCCCCGACACCCCGCCGGCCGGGGAGGGCCGAGGGGGCGCCCGGGGGGUCCGCAGGGCCGUGCCAGCCUCGCCGUCGCCCGCGCUCCUGGCACACUCCAGGCUGGUGGAGCCGCGGGACGGGCGCUUCCCGGUGCCCGUGGUGGAUCUCAGCCUCUCGCCCCGCUCCGGGGGGGACUCUCCGGCGGGCAGCGCCUCGCUGUCCCCCGAGCGCCAGGGCAGCGGGGACCUGCCCGGCCCCCUCACCCCACACGAUUUCCAGUCCCUGCGCUACAUCGAUGGCCUCCCCAGCUCCUUCCAGUUCUUCCUGCCGCUGGGGGCCGGGGGGGCCCUGCACCUGCCCCCCGCCGCCUUCCUGCCCCCCAGCAAGGAGAAACGGCUCCCCCCCGAGCUGCCCCUGCCCAAGCAGCUCGUCUGCCGCUGGUCCAAGUGCAACCAGUUCUUCGACCUCCUGCAAGACCUGGUGGACCACGUCAACGACUUCCACGUGAAACCCGAGAAGGACGCGGGGUACUGCUGCCACUGGGAGGGCUGUGCCCGCCAUGGCAGGGGCUUCAACGCCAGGUACAAGAUGCUGAUCCACAUCCGGACGCACACCAACGAGAAGCCGCAUCGCUGCCCCACCUGCAACAAGAGCUUCUCCCGCCUGGAGAACCUGAAAAUCCACAACCGCUCGCACACAGGUGAGAAGCCCUACAUCUGCCCCUACGAAGGCUGCAACAAGCGUUACUCCAACUCCAGCGACCGCUUCAAGCACACCCGCACGCACUACGUGGAGAAGCCCUACUCGUGCAAGAUGCCGGGCUGCCACAAGCGCUACACCGACCCCAGCUCCCUCCGCAAGCACAUCAAAGCCCACGGGCAUUUUGUGUCCCCCGAGCACCCGGAGAUGCUCAAGGUCCACCCGCCUCCCAAAACGCCCCUGGGCUCGGCGGAGGUGCCCUACGUUAACGGGGCGCAGCUCGUCAUCCCCAACCCCGCCGCUCUGUUCGCCCCGCCGGGGCUGCCGGCGCUGCCCAUCCCGCUGGCACCGGCGCCGCUCGAUCUCAGCGCCCUGGGCUGCGGGGCUGCGGCCGCGCUGCCCGCCCUGCCCGGCCCCGUCCUGCCCCUCAACGGCGGCCCCCUGAACUUGGCCAAGAGCCCGCUGCUGCCCUCGCCCUUCGCGGCGGGGCUGGGGCUGCCCGUCAUGUCGCUGCUGGCCGGCGGGGCCAAGGCCGAGGGGGAGAAGGGCGGCGGGGCUGAGGGGCGGCCGCCCAAGGCGGGCAAGGGGCUGGAGAGCCGCAAGGAGAGGGGCGAAAGGACGGAGCCGGGGCGGCCGCGGGUGCCCCCCGAGAGCCUGGCGCUGCUGCCGGGGGCCGUGCUCGACCUCUCGGCCGGUGUCAGCUCGGGGGGCAGCCCCGAGGCGCUGCCCCCGGGCUGGGUGCUCAUCCCCCCGGGCUCCCUGCUGCUCAAACCCGCCGCCGUCAACUGA